AUGAACUUGAAGUUACUUGUGGUGGCUGCAGUGGCAGCCGCUGCUCCAAUUAAAGAGGUUAAACGUGCAGAUGUUGUUACCAUGACAACAACUGCCAACGUUGGCUGGGCUCAGCUACUCGGUGGAAGUGCAGAGACUGAUACUCCUGCCCCCGCUCCAGAACCUACUCCAACAACCCAAGGCUUACUUGGCCAGCUCUUUGGAGGAAACCAGGAGACUACCAGCACGCCGCCUCCAGCUCCAACUACAACCUCGCAGGGUUUCUUUGCACAGCUUCUCGGAGGUCAAGAGACAACGUCUACCCCUCCUCCAGCUCCAACUACCACAUCGCAAGGUCUCUUUGCUCAAUUGUUUGGCAAUACUAAUACCGCUACUACCCAGGCUGCUCCUGCUCCAGCUGCUACUUCUGCUGCCCCAGCCCCAGCUGCUUCCUCAUCGCCGUCGUCUGGAAGUAGUUCAGGUGGAGGGUUCUUGAGUUCCCUUCUCGGAUUGUUUAACACUCCGUCGUCUUCUUCAGGAUCGUCUUCGUCUUCGAGCUCGUCCUCGUCCUCGUCGUCUUCAUCCUCGAAUUCUUCGGGCGGUUGGUUCUCAAACUUGCUUGGUGGCUUGUUUGGUGGUUCCUCUUCUGGUUCUUCCGGCUCCACCGGCUCUUCUGCCUCUGCAGCUGCUCCAGCUUCCUCUGGUGCUGCUUAUACCCAAUCUCAGAGUUCUAAUAACUUUGGCGGCGCUAGCAGCAGUGAUGGUAGAGAUAGUCCUGGCUUCACCGAACCAGUUACUGUUGAUGGUACUGGUGACGGAUCCGACUCUUCUCUGCCAAACUCCGAUGCCACCAUUGCUUCCAACUCCCAAGUCGCUAAGGUCGCUGCUUACGCUGAAAAGGGUGGUGGUAUCACUUACUCCCCUUACACUAAGAACGGUCAAUGUAAGACUGCCAGUGAAGUUGCUUCUGAUAUCAAAAAGUUGAGAGGCUACGGUCUCAUCAGACUUUACUCUGUGGACUGUUCUGGUAUCCAGAAUGUCGCCAGCGCCUUGUCUUCCUCCCAGAAGCUUUACUUGGGUGUGUGGUCUAUUGACAACUUGGACAAUGACUUGAGCAGCAUGGACCAGCAGGUGAAGAGCGGAUCUCGUGGUUGGAACGCCGUCCACACCGUUGCUAUCGGUAACGAGCUUGUCAAUGCCGGUACCAAGACUGCUUCCCAAGUGGCCAACGCUGUUAAGGAAGCCAGACAAUGGUUCAAGCAGAACGUUCCUUCCUACUCUGGCUACAUUGUCACUGUGGACACAUUGGUUGCCGUCAUGAACGACUCCCUGAUGUGUGACAUCUCUGACUACCUUGCUGUGAACUGUCAUCCAUACUUCAGUGGCAUUGAAGCUCUGACUUCUGGCUCCUGGUUGAAACAACAAGUGGCCCUGUUGAAGAGCCAUUGCAACAACGGUAAGGAUAUCCUCGUUACCGAGAGUGGCUGGCCAUCUUACGGUAACACAGUCGGACAAGCUGUUCCAUCUAUUCAGAAUCAGUACGAAGCUGUGAAGGACUUGGGUAAUGUGAUGGGUUCUUCGGUGAUCAUGUUCACCAUGUACAAUGACUACUGGAAAGCGCCUGGCAGCUGGAACGUCGAGCAACACUGGGGCAUUUAUGGUGACCCCGAGUACUAA